CCCCCUAGUCACGUGACAGUGGCGGGUGGAGUCGCUGCUCGGUGCUGAGGGUCCUGUCCGGUGCGGGUGAACAUGAGUUUUCUAAGCGGUUUGUUUGGUCCGAUAUGCGAGAUUGAAGUUGCACUUAAUGACGCCGAAACAAGAAAGCUGUCGGAGAUCAAAACAGAAGAAGGCAAGAUAGAAAAGCAUUUCUUAUUCUAUGACGGUGAAUCUGUGGCUGGAAAGGUAAACAUUGUCUUCAAGCAGCCUGGUAAAAGACUAGAACAUCAAGGAAUACGGAUUGAGUUUGUUGGACAAAUUGAACUUUUCAAUGACAAAAGUAAUACACAUGAAUUUGUGAACCUUGUCAAAGAGCUGGCCUUACCUGGAGAACUGACACAGAGUCGAAGUUAUGAUUUCGAGUUCAUGCAAGUUGAGAAGCCUUAUGAAUCCUACAUUGGCUCUAAUGUUAGGCUACGAUAUUUUCUUAAAGUAACAAUAGUGAGGCGCAUCUCAGACCUGGUAAAGGAAUAUGACCUGAUUGUUCACCAACUUGCAACAUAUCCAGAAGUUAACAACUCAAUCAAAAUGGAAGUUGGAAUAGAAGAUUGUUUGCAUAUAGAAUUUGAAUACAACAAGUCAAAGUACCACUUAAAAGAUGUAAUUGUUGGGAAAAUUUACUUCCUUCUGGUCAGAAUAAAAAUCCAGCACAUGGAAUUGCAGUUGAUAAAAAAAGAAAUCACUGGAAUAGGACCUAGCACAACAACGGAGACUGAGACGGUUGCAAAGUAUGAAAUCAUGGAUGGGGCACCAGUAAAAGGUGAAUCCAUUCCAAUCAGACUUUUUCUUGCUGGGUAUGAUCCAACACCCACCAUGAGAGAUGUUAACAAAAAGUUUUCUGUCAGAUAUUUCCUGAAUCUGGUACUUGUAGAUGAAGAAGACAGACGAUACUUCAAACAACAAGAGAUUGUUUUAUGGAGAAAAGCACCCGAGAAGAUAAGGAAAAGAACCAAUUUUCAUCAACGAUAUGAGCCCUCUGAUCCACAAGCGUCCGCUGAAGAACCCGAAAUUUAAACCUUUUGUAUUCCACUUGAGAUGAAGGAUGGAAACCAGAAAGAAUGCCAAAUCUCCCUCAAAAUCGUCUUCCUUCAUCCAGCGCUGCUGCAUUUAAUUUACCACACUAAACAUUCUGCGGUCUGUAUGUAAUUCCACAUGUAAAUAUAUAAAUACCAAGUGCUUUUGCUGAAACACUGGACCUUUCUCAGACUAGCAUUUUAUAGAAAUACUUUAUUUUUUAAUUUUGAGAUUUUUUGCAUUGGAACAUACAUCAAUAUAAAAACAGAUGCGUUUUUUUUUUUUUUUUUUAAUGCAUGUAGGCUGGUGUAAAUUAAAGAGAAACAAAUUGCCUUAUCGUCCCGGUCUUUCAUGUAAAAUUAUUACUUUGUUUUGUCAUUCUGAAAUCCAUUCAUUUAUUUUGAACACUCAGAUCAUAAACUAUUGUGGAUCUGUCUAAAUUCUCCGAAUUCACUUUGAAAAUGAAGGCUAUAUUAAACAUUUUGAAGACCUAUUGUGUGCAUUUUAUUUUCUACCCAUCACACAACUAAUGCUUGUACUCAUCUUAUUUAUUUUUCCUUUAGUCAUUAGCUUCUUUUGGUUAGUUUUUGUAUUUUGCUUGGAUUUCUGCAAUUGUUACAUUCAAUUUUCAUUUCAACCCAUGGAAGCUCUUGUUGCUAAAUGAUUAAAAAAAAAAGCUGGUUAAUAGGAUGUCCUACUGUAGUUGUGAAAAUUCAGCAUUUUUCUUUCUUGGUUCUCCCUUGGAAUUAACAUGAUUAUUGUUGUAAUGGAAUUGGGAAAAAAUAAUUCACAAUGUAUAUAAAUUGCUUUAUUAUAUUGUACAAGUAUUUUAUAUCAAUGUUUGGGGCAAAAAUACUGAUAAAAUAAAAUAUAUCCUUUAAACAUU